AUAUCCCCUCCUCUCCCCCGAUUCACUUUCCCCCUCUCGUCCCACAGCCGCCAGCUCUCGCUCCCCCUCCGUCUCAAUCUCUCGAUCCCCAACCCCGGCCGCCGGUGAUCCCUCCCCUCCCCUUCUCUCCCAUGUUGAGAAGGCUGAAGCUUUGCCUGCCAUGGCCAUGCCGUCCACCGCGUCUUGCUGCUUCGCCUCCUCCUCCUUCCCCCAUGGCCGCCCCCGCCUCCGCCUCCUCCUGAUCCACACCACCAUCACCUCGAGCCCCGCGCGCAUCCGCCUCAUCUCCCGCCCCGCCCCUUCCCGGAACCCACUCCGGUUACUCCGAGUCGGCGCCGGUGUCGCCGGCGAUGAGGGAGAAUAUGUGGACAGGGAGGUGGAGGAGGACCGGGAUGAGUGGUACGGGUUCGAGAUGGAGGUGCGGAAGCUGCCGGGGAAGAAGAACCGCUGGCUGGUGCACGCGCGGGUGCGGGUCGGCGCGCCGCUCCAGGCCGUCUGGGCCACGCUCACCGACUACGAGGGCUUGGCCGGAUUCAUCCCCGGACUCUCCGAGUGCCGCCUCCUCCACCAGGACAAGGCCUUCGCCCGCCUCUACCACGUCGGGGAGCAGGAUCUGGCUCUGGGGUUCAAGUUCAACGCCAAGGGCACCAUCGAAUGCUACGAGGGGGAGAUGGAGCUGCUGCCAGAUUCCCGGGCGCGCCGCCGGGAGAUCGACUUCAACAUGGUAGACGGUGAUUUCAAGGUCUUCUAGGGAAAAUGGUCUGUCCAGGAGAGUUCUAAAGAAAGUAGGAAUGUUCCUGUGCUUUUCCGAAACAGAGUUAGAGUGCUCAAGCGUGCACCAAGGUUCUAACAUUUUCUCGAACGCUUUGUGCUGGAUCUAUACUAUAAGGACCUGGAGCAUCUAUUCUGAAAUCAUAGCUACAAAUUGUUGCUGUCGAUGGUGCCAUGGUGGUGCACAAUGUCUUUGGACUUCUCUGAGCUGAAGGUUCAUUCAAGAUUAACCAAUGAUUCAUCGAGGUGGUCCCCUCCUUGCUCGUCGAGAUCGCCCCCAUCCUCCGUGUCGCCAACGAGGCCGAGGCCAGCGACCCACGAGUCGCCUACCUAUGUACCAGAGGCUGACCAGAUACUCCAUUGACAUCUCUAGCUCCCACAUGUCGCCCCUGGGCUGGAGCGCGCUCGUGGGCGAUCGGCAUCCUCCUGGCGGCGCUGCUCCUCACAAAGUGUUAAGUUGGAUUACCGCCUCAUGUUGAUGGCAUUGUUUUUUUUGGUGAUCUAAUGUCGCUUAGCUUGCUGCUGCUGUGAUGGAAGCGCACCACAACUUUAGUUGAUGUGUAUCUGUUUUUGCUUGUUUUAGUUGAUGUUGGACGUGCAGAUUUGUAUGUGCUGUUGUGUGUAUUUGGAUGAAUGAUUUCUGAAUUUAAUCAUUUAAUUGAGAGAAUUAUUGA